GUUUCUUAUCGCAGCUUCCUCCUCUCUCGCCACUGUCUCUGCCCUCAACAAUGGCGCGCCAGGUCAGACUUCUCCAGACAGACGACAUCGACGACGACGACGACGUCCGCAGCCCGUCGCCGUCCUCGGACUCCGCCAGCUUCAUCCACGAGCACGAGGCCGCGGGCUUCCUCGGCACCACCACCGAGGACUCGUCUUCGCACCCCGCGCCCAAAGAGGUCUACAACUGGAGACCCUAUGUGCUCGCUCUCUCCGCCGCCAUGGGCUCCGCCAUGUUUGGCUACGACACCGCUUUCAUUGGCGGCACCAUCGCGCUGCCCUCGUUCGCCCACAAGUUCGGCCUCGAGGACGCGACCGGCAACGCACUCGCGGGCAUCGAAGCCAGAAUCGUCAGUACUUUCCAGGUCGGCUGCUUCUUUGGCUCGAUCCUGGUCUACUACUUCAACGAGUUCCACGGCCGCAGGAAUACUCUUAUUCUCGCUGGUCUUCUCUUUGAUUGUGGCGCCAUCAUGCAGCUGUUGUCGAAUGGAAACCUCGACUACAUCUAUCUCGGAAGAGGCUUAACAGGACUCGCUGUCGGCUCAUCGUCACUGGUCAUUCCAGUUUACAUAUCAGAAUGUGCUCCGCCCGCCAUCCGCGGACGGCUCGUCGGCAUAUUCGAGAUCGUUCUCCAAUCCUUCCUCGUCGUGGGUUUCUGGGUCAAUUACGGCGUCAACGAGCACAUCAGUGGUCUAUCCGACACGCAGUGGCGCAUCCCCGUCAGUCUCCAGCUCGUCCCCGGAACCCUCCUUGUCAUCGCCAUGUCUUUCCAGCCCGAGUCCCCUCGAUGGCUAAUCCGGGCCGGAAAAACAUCCCAGGCGCGCAAAGUGCUGAGCUAUAUCCGGAAUCUCCCCGCUGACCACGAAUAUGUCGUAUGGGAGGUUGAGUCGGUCCUCAACCAGAUCGAGCACGAAAGCUACACCGGCGCGGACGGCUCGCUCAAGGAUAAGCUGAAAUCUAUUAUGCUUCCGGGGAAACGUAAUCGUCUGAUUCUGGGCUGCAGUAUGAUGAUCCUCCAGAACCUGUCUGGCACCAACGCCUUAAACUACUACUCGACCACCAUCUUCCGCUCAAUCGGAUUCAGCGGAACCAGCGUCGGCCUGCUAGCCACAGGAGUCUACGGCUUUUUCAAAUGCAUCACCACCAUCUUUUUCACCUUCUUCGUCAUCGAGCGCAUCGGUCGCCGCAACUCACUAAUCUACGGUGGAAUCGGAACAAUGGUUGCCAUGUUCUACCUCGCUUUCUUUGGCGCGGUCUCCGGCUCUUUCGAUGGACACGCGGAGCGGAAUGCCUCUGCUUACGUCGCUAUCUUCAUGGUCUACUUCUUUGCCGUCACAUUCACGCUCUCGUGGAGUGGUAUCCCCUGGAUUUUUGCUGCCGAGGUGUUUCCUGCCUCCGUCCGUUCAGUCUGUGUGUCAAUGACCACCAGCUCACAGUGGGUCGGCCAGUUUAUGAUUGUCUACUCGACGCCUUACCUGAUGGAAAACAUAAAAUGGGGAACCUUCCUCGUCUUUGGCAUCUCGCUCUUCUUCGGCGUCGUCUUUGUCUUUUUGUGGGUUCCGGAAACCAAAGGAAUGACGCUGGAAGAGAUGGACAUCAUGUUCGAGCUCGAAACCACCGACGGAAGAGAAAUGCGCGAGCAGGCCGAGGCUAUCAUCGCUCACGAGCGAGAAGUGCUGACCAUGUCGGACAGGCAGACCGUCGGCGCAAUCAAGCUCGGAGACGAGUUUGCUGUAUGAGGUGGUAGGUGCAUGGUGCAUUAUGUGUGGGCUUUAAUUCGCUGGUGUAGGUUAUUACGUGGGAGCAGACUACAAGAUGAUAUCCACUCUUUUAUAUCAUCUUUGAGAGUCUGUGCAUUGUUAUGCAUAUUCAUAUUUACUUUACUUUUGUACGCUUCAGAUAGAGAUACC